AAGGAUGUUCUCCACGUGCUGCCUCCUCCUGGUGCUGCUCUCCGCUCCUCACACCUGCACAGUUGAGUCCAUAUGGAGUGGUCUUGAGUUUGGCGAUGUGCGGUUGCCUGGCGAUGUGCGGUUGCCUGGCGAUGUAGAGUUGUGUGUUCCGAAGCAGCUGCGGCAUCAGACUGAUUCCGACGAGGAGACGCAACACAACGACCUGAACACCACCGUUACCAUGGAUACCACCGUCACACAUACACACAACUCAACACAGGGGCCUGAUCCUCUUCAUCGUUCUCGAGUCUCCUUCAUCGUCUCCGCCUUCAGCAAGACCUUUAUCCUGGACCUCACACUCAACCAUGAGCUGCUGUCCUCUGACUAUGUGGAACGAGUAUUUGAUGAGGAGGGCAGAGCCGUCCAGACACAGGGAGGAGAGCAUUGUUAUUACCACGGUAACCUGCGGGGGCAGCCAAGCUCAUGGGCCGCUCUCUCCACCUGCCACGGACUACAUGGGAUGUUCUCUGAUGGCGUUUCGUUCUACGGGAUCGAACCAGCAGUGAACAACAGUGACCAGGGCUGGGGUGUCCAUACUGUGUUGCGUAUGAACGGACUUCAACUCUCUCCUCACUGUCCAGAAUGCAACAGCCCUGUGGAAGAGGCGGGGCAUGCGAUUGGCCGCAAUGUUACCAUGGAGACAAGUGGGCGUGGCCAAAAAGAGAAACUUCGGAGGUCAAAAAGACAGGCCAGAAGGGGGCAGCGCAACGUGGUGACAGAAACCAAAUACAUUGAACUGCUGGUCGUCAACGACAACGACUUGUUCCUCCAGAUGAGACAAUCCAUCUCUCAGACGCGGAACUUUGCCAAAGCGGUCGUCAACAUGGCAGACGCAAUUUAUAAGGACCAGUUGAACACUCGCAUCGUCCUGGUCGGCAUGGAGACGUGGACAGACCAUAAUCUGGUUGCCGUGGGUGACGACCCCCUCAGCGUUCUGAAGCUGUUCAGCAGCUACAGACGAGAACACAUCAAGCAGCGCAGCGACACGGCACACCUGUUCAGUGGUCGGACCUUCCUGAGUAGUCGUCAUGGAGCUGCCUUCAUCGGAGGGGUGUGUUCAUCUACAAGAGGAGGCGGAGUCAACGAGUACGGUAACGUGGGUCCGAUGGCCAUCACUCUCUGCCAGACGCUCGGACAGAAUCUCGGAAUGUUGUGGAGCAGAGACAGAACCUCAGCAGGGGAGUGCAGAUGUCCUGACCUGUGGCUCGGCUGCAUCAUGGAAGAUACAGGUUUUUAUCUUCCCCGUAAGUUCUCUCGCUGCAGUCUAGAUGAGUACACACGCUUCCUACAGCAGGGCGGAGGGAGAUGUCUCUUCAACCAUCCUUAUAAGCUACUGGACCCUCCAGAAUGCGGUAACGGCUACGUGGAAGCAGGAGAGGAGUGUGACUGCGGAUCGGAACUGGAGUGUUCUCGUGCUGGAGGAGCCUGCUGUAAGAAGUGUACGCUUACCCAUGAUGCAAUGUGCUCUACCGGACUCUGCUGCAACCUGUGCCGGUAUGAGCAUCGUGGUGUUGUGUGUCGUAACGCCGUAAACGAGUGCGACAUUCCAGAGACGUGCACAGGGGACUCCGGUCAGUGUCCCCUUAAUUUGCACAAGCUGGACAGCUACACGUGUGACGCCGGACAGGGCCGUUGCUAUGGCGGCCGCUGCAAGACGAGAGACGGACAAUGUUGGAACCUCUGGGGACACGGUGCGGCGGAGCGUAUGUGUUAUGAGAAGUUGAAUGUUGAGGGUUCUGAGCGCGGAUCCUGUGGACGCGACACGGCAGCACUCCAAUGGAAACCCUGCGGCAAACAGGAUGUCUUGUGUGGUCUGCUGCUGUGCACUAACGCUACUCAGCGUCCUCGCUACGGAGAACUGCAGGGAGAGGUUGCCGCGGUAACCAUAUACCACCAGAACAAGUACAUGGACUGCCAUGGGGGCCAUGUUGUGUUGGAUGAUGGGAGUGACGUGGGCUACGUUCAUGACGGGACGCCGUGCGGCCCGGGCAUGAUGUGUCUGGAACAGCGCUGUGUCGUCGCGGCAACGACCUUUAACCUCUCCAGCUGCCCUGGCUCCUCCCCCUCGCAAAUCUGCUCUGACCACGGGACCUGCUCCAAUGAGGCCACGUGUAUUUGUGACCUGAGCUACACUGGUCGGGACUGCAGUGUGUACGACCCCAUUCUGGACCCCGAGGAGGAGGAAGAGGAGGAGUACAAAGGUCCUAGUGGUACCAACAUCAUCAUCGGCUCGGUGGCGGGUGCCAUUCUGCUGGGAGCCAUCGUACUGGGAGGCACCGGCUGGGGCUUCAAGAAUAUCCGGCGUGGAAGGUACGACCCACCAGAGGAGGACUGACGAUGAUGUCAUCAAAUGUCGUCAGAACAUCCACACCUUCCACUACACACACACACACACACACACAG